AUGAAGCUAAUAAAGCCUAUUUGGAGAGCAAGUCGGCGCGGUGUCAGUACUUGGUCACCAUUAGCCACUGCUUUUAACACAAGGCCUACUCAUAGACCUAUAUUUGACUCCUUGAGAGAGAGAACUGGCCUUUUUAAUAAACCGGAACUAACAAGUUUUGAAGGAUUCCACACAUUAAAAGAGCAGGCCAUAACGGCCACAGACCGGUUAAUAGAAGAGGCUACAUCAAAUCCCACAAGGCCUAUGGUUGAGAUAUUUGACGAGUUGUCUGAUACUCUGUGCAAAGUAGCAGAUCUUGCAGAGUUUGUUCGAAUAGCUCAUCCACAACCACAUUUUGCUAGUGCAGCAGAAGACGCAUGUAUUAGUGUCAGUGGUGUUGUUGAAAAAUUAAAUACACAUAAAGGCUUAUAUGAAGCUCUAAAAAAUUCAGUACAAACUGGUACAUCAGGCGAUAAACACCUAGCAGAAUUAUUUUUAUUUGAUUUUGAACAAAGUGGUAUACAAUUAGAAGAGAAUGCAAGACGUGAAGUUGUAGCUUUGAAUGAUUUGAUUUUACAAACCGGACAACAGUUUAUGGCUGGUGGAGCAAAACCUCGAAGAGUUCCUAGAUCAGUUGUGCCACAGAAUGUAAGACAAUUUUUCAGUUCUGAAGGCGACGAUAUCAUAGUAAGUGGUGUGUAUGCUGAAUGUGGAGAGGCAGCAGCAAGAGAAGCCGCCUAUCGCCUGUAUCUAGCUCCAGAUGUAAGACAGGAGCGCCUGCUCAGUGCUACUCUACAAGCCAGACAUCGGCUUGCCCAGCUAUGCGGCUUUGAGAGCUAUGCGGAUAGAGCAAUUAAAGCUAGUACAAUGGAGACGUCGACAAAUGUUCGGGAGUUCUUAGAUAUACUUUCCGAUAAUCUCCAUGAUAGAGCCAAUGUGGACUUUGAAGCUAUGGCCAAGAUGAAGAGGCAGGAAUCCCCAUACCAGAACAGUCUAAUGUGUUGGGAUACGCCAUACUUCACACACAAAGCCAAAACACAGCUUCUAAACGUGGCUAACACAGAUUUCAGUCCGUAUUUCUCGUUGGGAGGAUGUAUGGAAGGGCUAAACAUGCUCUGCCAAGAAUUGUAUGGAAUUAGUUUAAAAUCGGAAGAAAUGUUGCCAGGAGAGUCGUGGGCUCCGGAUGUAUACAAGUUGGCCGUGGUACACGAGACCGAAGGACUAUUGGGUCAUAUAUAUUGCGAUUUGUAUGAAAGAGCGGGGAAACCACAUCAGGACUGCCACUUUACCAUUCAGGGUGGGAAAUUGCUGCCCGACGGAACUUAUCAGAACCCAAUAGUGGUGAUAAUGCUGUCCCUGAGCGGCGGCCAUAGAGGCGGGCCUGCGCUAUUGAGCGCGGGUUCUGUGGAUAAUUUGUUCCACGAAGCGGGUCACGCGUUACACUCCAUGCUCGGUAGAGCGCCGCAUCAGCACGUAGCUGGCACCAGGUGCGCUACAGAUUUAGCUGAAUUGCCCAGUGUUUUAAACGAGUACUUCGCUUCAAGUCCGCAGGUGGUGCGACGUUUCGCACGUCAUUUUCAAACUCAAGAACCGAUGCCUGAAGACAUGUUGCAACGGCUUUGUGCAUCAAAAUAUCUUUUUGGAGCUAGCGAGAUGCAACUACAGGUAUUCUACUCAGUCUUAGACCAGCUAUACCACGGUGCAAACGUGUCUCACCAGCAGUCCACUACCGAAGUACUGCAAAGCGCCCAGAAACAGUAUUAUGGCUUGCCAUAUGUUGAUAAUACGGCAUGGCAACACCGCUUCAGCCAUUUAAUAGGCUACGGAGCAAAGUACUACUCGUAUUUAAUAUCCCGGGCGCUAGCUUGGAGUGUGUGGCGACAGAACUUUGACGCGCGUCCGCUCAAUCGCAGUGCCGGUGAUCGACUGAGACACGCUGUGUUGAGACAUGGAGGGGCUGUUGAGCCGAAGAUAUUAUUAGGAGAUUAUCUCGGUACGGAAAUGACGCCACGUGCGCUUGCGACCGCUCUCACUGACGAACUGGACUAUCAUAAGGACCAUCUCGAUACAGUUUUUAAAGUUAUGGACAAAUAG